CAAUUAACAUGAAUAUGAAGUUACAAAUUAACUUACUAACUCUUGUAAUUUAUUAGAGAAGUGUACGUACUAAUUGUUUUCUUAAUACCUAUUAAAUUAGGAAGAAACGAGAAAUAUCUCAUUAUGCGAAAUGUAACAAGAGUCGUGAGUCUCAAACGUUAAUUAAGUAGGAGAGGUACUCCCAGGCUAUGGAGAAAAUUAAGACAAUUAUUGGAUCCAAAACUUUCCCUGAUACGUAAUUCUUAGUCUUCGCCGUGUUAGGGUUCCAUAAUGAAGUUAUAUAACUCUCACGUGUCAAAAUCAGGAAAAUAAGAACGGUUAAUUUAAGUUAGGCGAGUUUAUUUACCCACGCCGCUACUUCUUUGUCUGCGUUGUGCGCACGGGCGGCGGCGCGGGCUUGUCGUAACACAAAAGAUAAAUACUGCUGUCGAACAAGAGAGGUAAUUGAGAUAAACAGAUGUGUAUUCUACUGUAUAACUUUCCGUCGGCGAAUGUAACAUGUAACAAAAUCAACCAAGUUUAUCUGCAAACUUACAAUCUCUUCCGACGCGUUACAGUCCACGCAUGAUGUAUUGGGCACACGUACGCUAGUUUGAACUACAGAAACUUUUAAAAUAACUCAACUUGAGCGUAAAUAGCAUCAUUACGUAAAAAUAAAUUGUUUCUUUCUUCACAGUGAUAAUCAUGAAUGUCAUAAAACAUAAGUUCAAAUGAGGCGGUUAAACGUUAAACAUGAACAGGCCGGGCUACGAUUAUACCGUGCCUUCAUCCACUGCCUACUAUCAGACUGUCAACCGACCUCCUCAGUACGAACGGGACUAUGGACAGCUUGCAGUCGGCCCUCUCUACAGCCCUUCUUCGCAUCCGCUAUCCAAUUACGCUGAUAUAUAUGAAGGCAAUAACGACACAACACUCCGAGCUGAAGAGAGGCAUUGGUAUAUAGAAAAUCACAAAAACUUACAACCAAGUUACGAAAUCAAUCAUGAUACAACCCCUCAAGAUGCCAAAAUUAAGAAAGAGGAGGAGAAGAAAACUGAUGUUCCUAUCAGAAGAGCCGAUGCAUCACAGGCACGACAGAGGCGAAAAGAAGACCGCUGUUCCUGUGAAUGUUGGCCGAGCACUGACAAUAACGAUGUGGCGGAUAAUGCUAGGGCCGAAACAACAAGAUCGUUGUCAGGUGUCGAUAUGGUAGCUUCUUAUGGAGUCUAUGGAAACCCGCAGGACGAUGACAGCUCUGGAUUCGCGCGGCUGUCCGAGAAGAAUGCGGCCUACGGGCAGGGCAGCGAAGCCCCGACACAGGGUGUGAUAGUGAACCAGCAGGGAAACAGUGCCGUGGUGCGGGCGACGGCUGGACACGAGAACACUUGUGGCAAGUGCUGUGUGUGGACUUCUAAUGCGCCCGCCGCUAACUCCGAGGACUAUUGCUGGAUACAUUAUUGUAGACCGGCUUUAAUUAUCCUUUUGCUGCUGUUUUUUCUAGCCUUGUUGGGCGUGUCAACAGGGUUCUUAUUAACUAAUAACUAUUUACAUUAUCAGCCACGACCACCUGCUCCUGAGGAAGCGUGCGAGAAAACUUUUUGUCGCUGGGGUGCGGAAUGCGUGUCGCUCGGAGACGGGCGGGCCCACUGCGCGUGCCCGGUCAGCUGUCCGUCCGCGCCCGCCGCCGUGUGUUCCACUGCUGGCCGCACGUACCGCAACCAUUGCUACUUGCGCAAGGAGGCAUGCGAGCGCAGACUGAACUUGCGCGUCAAGCAUGAUGGCGAAUGUGAGGCCGGAGACCCCUGCGUGGGCGUGACCUGCCCUACGGGCUCUAGAUGUGCAGUCAACUUUGGGCAAGCCGAGUGCCGAUGUCCCCGUAGUUGCCAGAGACGGAAGACUGUUUGUGGCACUGAUGGCAAGGAAUACCCCUCCGCUUGCCAUUUGGACAAGCAUGUGUGCGACAAUCAACUCAACAUCACUAUUAAAUACCAUGGGAAAUGCGAUCCGUGCGUAGAGCACGAGUGCGCGGACGGCGGUAUUUGCCAACUGAACGAGGCCCGUGCGCCUAUCUGCCGAUGCGGCCCGCCCUGCGACCUGAUUGCCAGAACAGGGUCGGCAGUCUGCGGGUCCGACUACAAAGACUACCCCAGUGAAUGCGCGCUCAGGCGGGAGUCGUGUCGCAUACGGCAGCAAUUGACGAUUGCCUACAGAGGAAAAUGUGCUUCCGCUCAACACCCAUGCGACUCGGUGAAAUGCGGUAUCCGCGAACAUUGCUCCCUGGACUCGCGGGGCGUUGCCGUUUGCGGCUGCGGUCCGGAAUGCGAAGCCAUCGUGCGACCGGUGUGCGGGACUGACGGCCGGACGUACGACAGCCCCUGCCUGCUGGACCGGACGGCCUGUCGUGACAACAGAGAUGUCAGGACUGCUUAUAUGGGAGCCUGUGGUGAGGCGAACCCAUGCGCCCGUACAACAUGUCCAUGGGGCGGCGCGUGCGUCUCCCGCGGAGGCGCAGCGCAGUGUGCAUGUCCUGUCUGCGACGCGAUGCUUGCGCCGGUCUGCGGGUCUGAUCACAACACCCACGGCAGCGAGUGCAAGAUGAGAAUGCACGCCUGCCAAGAGGGCAUCCAGGAGGGGAAACUGAGAGUUCUCUACAAUGGAACUUGUCAAACUUGCGCUGAUAUGGUGUGUCAGGGCGGUGGCGACUGUAUCCUGAACGAAAACACCGGUCGUCCCGAAUGCCGAUGCAACCACAAUUGCACCGAGACGCAGGACACAAGCCUGGUAUGCGGAACCGAUGGCCAGACGUACCUAUCGCAAUGCGAAUUGGACUCAACGGCGUGCCGUGAACAAACCAAUCUGCGGGUUGCUUACAAAGGCGAUUGUGCUUUAUGCGAGAACGUGCAAUGCUCUUUUGGUGCCCGUUGUGCCGCGGGCGAGUGCAUCUGCCCCAGCGACUGCACCGGCGCGGCGCGCGAGCCGGUCUGCGGGAGCAAUAUGCAGACCUACUACAACGAGUGUGAACUCCAAAAAGCCGCAUGCCAGCUGUCCCCCGCCAACACUCUUCACGUCAUUUUCUAUGGAGACUGCAAAGAUAGGCUUGCGGUCGUACCGCCUAUUGCAAUGACUACGACCGCGGUGACCACGACCGAGGCGGACGAAGGGUCGACGGAUUCCUCGGGUGCGACCGAUCAGUUCGGCACGGCGGAUCCGUCGGCUUGCCGCGAUAUCCGCUGCGACUUCGGUGCCAGCUGCGAGAUCGGCGCUGACCAGUACCCGCGCUGCUCCUGUCUAUUCGAAUGUCCGCCAGACGACGAAUACUUCCCGGUCUGCGCUUCCGACUUCAGACUUUACCCUAGUAUGUGUGCAAUGCGAAAAGAGGGCUGCCAAAAACAACUCGAGCUGCGGCUGCGGCCACUUGAUUUAUGCAAAGGCAUGGAGGUCCGGCCUUGCGGUAACAGUAAGGCGAUGGUCGAGCCGACCACGGGACUUGAGAUAGAUUGCGGUAACGGUCCACACCGACAAGAUUGUCCGGCCGGCAGCUAUUGCCAUAUUACCCUAACUGCAGCAAGGUGUUGCCCGAAAAACGACACGAAGCAGUAUGAAGAUAAGAAGGGGGGUUGCUCGGAGAGCGGGUUCGGGUGUUGCUCGGAUGGCGUAACGGCGGCGGCGGGUCCUAACGAGGAGGGGUGUCCGAUAACUGGCUCUAGUUGCGGCUGCAACCGGCUCGGAUCGGUGUCAGAUCGGUGCGACGAGAGCGGGCAGUGUGCGUGCCGGCCGGGAGUGGGCGGGCUGAAAUGCGACCGCUGCGAGCCCGGCUACUGGGGGCUACCGAGGAUCGGCUCAGGACACACGGGAUGUAUACCAUGUGGUUGCUCCGCUUUCGGGUCCGUGCGUGAGGACUGCGAGCAGAUGACGGGGCGCUGCGUGUGCCGCGCCGGUGUGCAGGGCCAGAAGUGCACCGUCUGCGCCGACCAUCGCCGGCGUUUGGGGCCCAACGGCUGUGCUGACCCGGAAAGCGGCGGCGUAGCGCAGUCUUGCGCGGAACUGUCGUGCUAUUUCGGCGCGGUAUGCACCGAGCGCACGGGCGGCGCGCUCUGCGAGUGCACUGCGGCACCUUGUCCCGACAGUGAUAAUAAUAUGCUGGUAUGCGGCAGCGAUGGCAAAACUUAUGAAUCAGAGUGUCACCUGAAAUUGCAAGCGUGUCGCACGCAAGAGGACAUUGUAGUACAAGCGUUCGGGCCGUGCAAGCUGUCUGAGGUGGCUGGCACGGCGGGCCCGCCGAGGCCAUCCUCGCCGAUACAGUUCACGCAACAAGACGACGGCGCCGCCUCCAAGUCCACCAGGCACCUGCUCAACCCUGACAAGUACAACAAGUACGAUUGGGCGAAAAAAGAAACACCCAGCGACUUCGACGGAAGCCUCAUGGGACAAAAGUUUAAGGCCACCACGGCCACGGUGGGCGCGGUGGGCGCGCUGCUGGGCGACUUGUGCUCCGAAGACGGCGACUGCGCCGCGCUGCCCGGCGCGCGCUGCACCCGGAGCGCGUGCGUGUGCCGCACCGGCUACCAGCCCGCGCAGCAUCGAAAGGGGUGUAUCGAGCAAAUGACUCAAGAGACGACCGAGGAAUACAGCGCGUGCCUAUCAGAUCCGUGCUAUAACUUAGGUAGCUGCGUCGACCUGCCAGGAUCGUCUUACACUUGCGUCUGCACCGGACUUUAUACUGGAAUGAACUGCGAAUAUCUUAUAAAAGAUACCCUGACACCUUACAUAGAGACACCAUACUUUGACGGCUCUUCUUUCAUCCGCCUUAAACCUUUGAAGGCGUACCACAAGCUGAAUAUCGAUAUCGAAUUUAAGGCUUUCACUGAGAAUGGCGUCAUAUUGUACAAUCAGCAGAAAUACGAUGGAACGGGCGAUUUUGUUUCUCUCGCCUUGGUAAAUGGAUAUAUAGAGUUUAGGUACAAUCUUGGAAACGGAGCAUUAGUCCUGACUUCGUUGGAAAAGAUUACAUUGAAUGAGUAUCAUAAAGUAUCUGCAAAAAGAUAUCAUCGAGAUGGCAUAUUAUCUGUUGACGAUAUGGAAGACGUUGUAGGACAAUCUAGCGGACAUCUAAAGGCUCUGGACUUAGCCGAAGACGCUUACGUGGGCAGCGUACCUUCUAACUACUCCAAGGUUUUCGAUAAUAUCGGCACCCGGAGUGGUUUUAUCGGGUGCGUGAAAUACUUAAGAAUAAUACGUCAUCAAGUGACAAAGAAAUUGGGAAGACCGGACCCAUUAGUUGUGUCUAUGGAGAACGUUCGAGAGUGCCAAUCUAAUCCGUGUAUGAGUAUGCCGUGCAAGAACGGGGCCACGUGUAGAUCUAUAGAGGGAUCGGCGACGGAAUAUACUUGUAUCUGCCCUAUGGAAUUUCAAGGAGCCAAUUGUGACGAGAGAUUAGAUCCAUGUGAAUCGAAUCCCUGUGGAUAUGAUGAGGGGCUAUUGUGCGACAUCGGACCUGACGGCGGCCAUGUGUGUCGCUGUUUGUUUGGAGGCGAAAUUGGCUCCAACGGAAAUACUUGCAGUAACGAUGUAAACAUUAUACAAGAGUCGUGGAUUCCCCAGUUUAAUGGGACGAGCUACAUCGAAUUAUUGCCACUCGAAGGGCUAGGGAAAGCGUUCCGCAUUGAAAUCUGGUUUUUAACGAACAGACUCUCAGGGAUGCUCCUUUACACCGGCCAGUCUAAUAAAGCCAAGGGGGAUUUCAUAACGAUUAACUUAGUUAAUGGAUACCUCCACUUUAGGUACAAUCUGGGGAGUGGUGUUGCCAAUAUCACGUCUCCAGUACCGAUAGAGAAGGGUCGUUGGCACCGCGCUCGGGUGACCCGCGCCGGCCGCCACGGUAGCCUGCAGUUGGACCACCACCCCACACAACGGGGGUCAUCUUUGCCGCCACUUACUCAUUUGGAAUUAACACUACCGCUCUUUAUUGGCUCUUUACCUGCUUACAUCCGUCCACAUAAAAUGUCAGGCGUGAUCAGCAGUUUCAUUGGCGCGGUGCAAAAAGUAUUUGUCAAUGGCAACCAGCUGUCUUUGUACAAUGGGGACACGGCGAAAUGCGCUAUAGUACAGGAGGAGGAUACGCUACCUUGCGCUACUAGCGGGGUUACUAAGUACGUUGGAUCCCCCUGUGGAAUUGGUAUAUCUCCGUGCAAGAACAAUGGAUCUUGUAUACCACUUCUGAACGAAUAUAAGUGCAUUUGCUCCGACGGCUUCCAAGGGAGAAACUGUGAAAUUCAAAUUCAACUCAACGUCGAAAUGUUAAAGGACGGAGCGCCAGUCCAGUUCGACGGGAAUAAUUACUACUCGUACAGGAGUCGAGGAAGCCGCAGGAGACGCGGCGAUCGCGGUUUUAGAUACGAAAUUAAAUUUCGCACAUACAACGACUCCGGCCUUUUAAUGUGGAGGAGAAAAAUUGGUAUACGAGUUCGAGAUUUCAUUGGCUUGGGCAUAAACAACGGCAAAUUACAAUUAAUAUACACGGACACUGACGUCAAGGAGAUGAAUUCUGUCACACACGAGGAAUGGUUCCAGUACAUAGAAUCUAAAAAUCGAGUAGACGAUGACAUGUGGCACACGGCAACGGUGCGCAGAAGAAAAAGGCUAGCUAUGCUACAACUGGACGACACGGCUCCCAUUAGGGGGUACUCGCAAUCCUUGCUUGUGCCCUCGAAAUCAAACCCUAAACUAUGGAUUGGGGGAUCCCCAUCACUGCCCUUGGGAUUGCCGUCUGCUCUGUACACCGGGUUUCGUGGUUGUGUAGCUAGUGUGAAGGCAAAUGGUCGACGAAUCGACAUCGCUACGCCAAUACGGCCGACGACGACGAUACGACAUUGCGAUUAACAUAAUAUACGAUACGAAAUCGAAUCACGAGUUGUGUAACUCUAUUUGCUAAAAUUACGAAGCGUAAUGGAAAACACUGUGAGAUAACAAGUAUUAUUUUUUAGAUUUUGUGUCGACUAGCAGUUUAUUGUACCUGUCAUAAAUAAUGUAGUUUCUGAUACAGAUCUCUACCCGGCUGCGAUUUCAAUAUCUUUUUUCGCAGUUGUUUUUGUAGAGUGCCUGUUGAAGAGUAUCGAGGGAUAAGUGUAAUCAUAUCUCUGUUUAGAGAUAAAAGAGUAUUCAUAUCUGUAACCAAAAUAAUAUGUUGCCAUAAUACGUUACAUUUAGCAUUAUAUUUAUAAUAAGAUUUAAAUCAAUUCUUACUUCAUCAAAUCGGUGCUCGAAAAACACAUCAGAGGUAUAUUGGAAAAAAUAUAUAGGUUUAUAGAAUGUGCAAAAGUACCUACUAAAUUAUACUUAAUAUUUUGUUGUUAUGAGGUACUUAGAAAAAUACCUAAUAUAAUAGUUUUUAGAUUAGUUAGUAAUAAUAGGUUUCUGAAUGUGGGCUGAAAAUAUGUAACACGAUAAUUAUUAGAUUUGAAAUUUGUAAAUGUUUAUCCAGAGUAGGUAAAUUAUACGGGCUUUACAAUAACAUUCCAUUCAAUUACUAUUAUUAAUAAUAGUUUUGUUUACGAAUUUAGUAUUUUUACCCAGUUCGUAAAAUUCAUGAUGAGUAGUGUUGAAUAUAUCUACUGAUUCAUCUAACUAUAUAAUCAAUGUCUUGUUUUUUUUUUCUUCGCAGAAGAUUGAUAUGUCAAUGCAAUAAUGUUGUUGACAAAUUAGUAAUGCUUAUUUAUUAGCAACGUGCAAAUAGGUAAAUGGACAAAUGUAACUUUCCAUGCAAUUCCAAUUUCAAAUGUUUGUUGAGUGAAUACCGAAUAAGAUUACAGUCACAUAUACUUUUACAAAUAUUUGACUAAUAUCACAAAGUUUUACUUUUACAAAAAAAAGCAAUAAUCUAAAACUUUUCUUCUUUUAAUCGGUUGUCCUUGUAGAAUUAAUACUAUUUCCACUGCGAUAUAUAAAUGUUGCCUGUAUUAGACAAAUAACAUUCCAUUAAUCUGAUUAAGUUAAAGUGAGUUAUUAUGAACAGUGCCAUAGUUUGUACAGUGUAGCAAUUUCCCAUUACAAUAGUUAUACAUAAUCCUACGAAUAGAUUAGUUUGAUUUGUUUUACUUGGUGUGUCUGCUACUAUAGUGGACUAAAAAGGAGGCUCUCGAGAAGUACUGUAAUUUAAAUAUAAAUAUGUUUUUGGCGUAACGUUCAUAUACAGCGCCAUACCAAUGCCAAAAUCGCGAAAACUAAACUUGGUUGUUUCAUACAGUCCGGCUGAUGUGAUGCUGCUAAUUUCUAUGGGACAGCCAAGGGUUUUUGCUUUGUUCAGCAUUUAUUUGUAUUGGUUAGAUAUGGAUGCCCUCAUUAAUGCUGCCAGAAGUCGAAAUUUGCCGGGUCAAUCCACGUAACUCGGACACGACAACGAAAAAAUAAAGUAUUGAAUUUCGAAAGUUUUUAAACGUAAUUUUAUGACAUUAAGUCAAUAACCAGUCAAUCGUUGUCAAUAUUUUCGUCAUUAUCCGUGCUGCCUGUGGAAGCAAUCAAAAACGUAAUAAAAGAAGUGGUCACGAAUAUUAAAAAUUAGACUAAAUUAUACUCCAAGAAGAGGUAAGUAAACCUUAUUUAUCUUAAGAAUUGAACUCCUGAUGCCUUAGUUUAAUUGUAAUUAUUAUUAUAACCUUAUUAGGCGAAAGAAAAUGACGUAACACGUGAUUCAAAAUUGCGUGUCAUUGAGUAACGCGAGUUACGCAAAAAAACAAGAUUUUCAUUUUCUGCAAUAAAUUUUUGGACAAGUGAAAUUAUAAAUUAACUAUGUAUAUGAUUGAGCUUAGAUGUUGACAUUCUCGACUUUAUUUCUCAGCAAAAGUAUUUAUUUAAAGUAAUACAUGACUUGAGAUCCUUGUAACACGAGUCACGGUACUGCAACUGUAAACCGAGGAAUUAAAUAUAUAAAUGUAUUUUGUAGCCACAAUGCCUCUAUCAGCGGCCGAAAGGGCAAAAGACGAAGGCAGAAGUACGAGGAAUAUAAAGAAAAACAUAGGCGUAAGUACCUAGCUGCCAAAAACCAGGCAAAAAAAAAGAAGUUGCUAGAUGCGUAUCCUCGAAAAAAAAAGUUCAAUUUGAUACAGGAAGAAAGAGAGAAAUCCCGAAAAUAUAGUUCAAGAACACUGGUCAAAGAAAAAAAAACAUUAUACAUGACACCGAACGGACUGUGAAGAUGACCAUAUCCUAUACAGUACUUGCUGUUAUACUAUACAGUAUACCUAAUUCCAUGAAUAAUGUUAAAAAAAUGAUCUAUUUGUGUGCUAGAAAUAAUAUUAAUAUUCAAUAAUAUUCUGGCUAGUGGCAAGUAACGCGAGUUCGUAGUAUUUUGUAGUUUAAUUCAAUAAAUGUGUAUCUUUAAUCUAAGUUGGUUAAAUAUUAUAUGUAUAAGUUUGAUUAUUGAUGUCAUUGUUUUGUUAUUUUGUUAGUAAUUCAUUCAUUCAAAAAUCAAAGGCAAAUCAAUAAACGUAUAAGGUGAAAAACCCCGUGUACAUUUCAUGUAACGCGACUUACUGAGUUAUUUUUCACUUUUUUCGAUUUUAAUAAUUUGUCCUUUGUGAUAUUAUUACCUAUCCAAGUUUUCGAUAUAGGCAGCGUUAGAUUUGAAAUAUACGAUAAGAUCGUCACGUAUGAAGUAACGCGAGUUACUGUGGAUUGACCCUGCUGCUAUUAAGAUUUAAAAAAUAGAUAUAGCGCAAUUAUUUUACGUACUUAUGAGGGACAUUUUGUACUAUAGAUGUAUAUACGUAGAUUAGAUUUUUUUACAAGCCGCUUAUAAUAUUUUUAAUGUAAUGUUACUAUCGUAUUGAAUAUUCAUUAACUAUAUCAGAUGUUUAAUAUUUAACCCGGCGUUACUCGCCAGGUAUUUUAAGACACACCACAGCACAGUCGCUACGGGGUAAAAAAAUACCUAGGAUUGAUCAAUGGAAAUAUUUAAUAACGGGAUAUUCAAAAAUAUUUUCUGUUACAUAUUAUUUUGGAUUAAAUGGAGACUAGAAUGUCCAAAAAUUAUAAUAUCGUACGGUUUUUUUUUCAACUAGUAAUUAAGUGUGUUCAUGUCAAUGAGUGUAGUGUUAAAUUAUUGAUGAUUUUUAAAGAUGUUUUGUCAAUUUCAUGCAAAUUAGUUUACCUUACGAGUAAAACUGUCAAAAUUAUUUUGUAUUAAGUACAUAAUAAUUAUGUAGUUGGAAUACUUAUAUAGUAUUAUAAAUACUAAAAUUAACUAAAAUAAAAGGAUGACAAUAUUAUAAAUAUUUAUCAACAUGAAUUGUAGGGUUACUUUUUUCAUGUUAGACAUAUGCUUCGUGAUCGACGAAACAUAUACCAUUUUAGGUGAUUACAUUAUGAGAGAACCCUUCCCUCAGUCAAAAUAAUAUUUUUAAUACGAUUGGGAAUUAUUGUCAUGCUAACUAUCAAAGCCCAUGCAUGCUGUUUGAUGGACGACCGUAUCGAAACUCAUGAGUGAGUCAUGUCAGAAUAAUCAGCGUAGAAAAUUAGAUAUGUUAUUUACAUAAUAGUAUGUUUUACUGUCGUCGGAUUUCGUGACUUGCGUUUCGUGAGUCUAAAAUCUUAGCUAAAGCCAACGCCAUUAAAUAAUAUAUACUUAAACUUAUCAACUGCCAUUAUAAUUGGGUGCAAAAUGAGAAAAUUGGAGUAGGAAUCUGUCCAAGGAUUGAUGUUUCUGUGUAGCUGAAACAUGAAAAUUUAAAUUUAUUUAUGUUCAAGAAGUAACACAAUUGGUGGCAAAUAACAUUAAUCGAUUUUAUAUAACUGUACGCACACCAUUACUACCACGUGAAUAAAAAUAACCUGACUUCAUAAAAUGUGGAAAAAUGAAUGGACUCUUUAAUACUAUUUAUAAAAAAUAAGCAGAACAAUUCAGACCGUCGAGCAGCCUUUAUCUGAUAAACCUAAAAAUCGAUAUUCAUUAUUUUAAUCGCCGUAACGCUACGUUUUCUAAAAAAAAUUGAAACCUGAUUCUUAUAAAUCUUGGGCUCAUUAUACUCAGAAUCUUCAGAAUUAAAAUACAUGUAAGUAAUAAAAUGUUCGUUCCAUUACGUCACCUUUUAGUGUAUUUUUUUUACUUGUAUGUGCGAAACGUGGGUAGUGGAAAAUAAACAUCCAUAUCUACUAAUUUUUGGGACAUUUUUUUAGUAGUUGGAAGAAUCCACAAAUAUCAGGAUCUGAAAGAAUCAGGUCUUUUUCUUUUUGGAAAACGCUCAUCUAAGUGUUUCUAAUUACUUAGCCAAAUACUGCAAAAUUACGAUUCAUAAAAAAAACAACCGGCAAAACAAAACAGUUUUCAGUUUUUUUCUGAAGUUCAUUAAUUAACCUUUAAUAAUAGAAGAGGAUUUGUUACGCGGUUGCCUUUAGAGGGUUUUGUAUUAUUUCAAAUGAUUGUCGUUUGUUCUGGCAUCCUCUAAUUAAGAGCAACUGCUUCGAACGGCAUUGCAUGACCCCUCUUGUUAAAUAAAUUUGAAUGGGGCGAAGGGUACAGCAAUAAACCUACCUGUAUAAAUAUUCUGCCACGGAAUCAUUAAGUACAUAUCUUCCAGUCCAAAUUGUUACGCAAUGUGUGUUUGAUGUAACUAUCUUAGUUAAAUUAAUAAAUCCUGAAUGAGAAAAUAAAUGAGACUGCAAUCCGUA